AUGUCCUUCGGAGGGCAGACCCCCACCAUAAUCGUGCUGAAGGAGGGCACCGAUUCUUCCCAAGGCAAAGGCCAAAUCAUAUCCAACAUACAAGCAUGUCUAGCAGUCCAAGAUACAAUACGGAGUACCCUGGGUCCAUAUGGUGGAGAUCUGCUGCUGGUUGACGAAAACGGUCGGCAAACAAUCACAAAUGACGGCGCUACUGUUAUGAAACUUCUUGAUAUAAUCCACCCGGCUGCCCGCAUUCUCACAGACAUAGCGCGCUCCCAGGACGCCGAAGUGGGCGAUGGUACCACCUCAGUUGUCGUUCUGGCAGGCGAAAUCCUGAAGGAAGUGAAAGAGCAUGUCGAGCAGGGCGUCAGCUCUCAGAUCAUCAUCAAAGGGCUGAGGAGAGCUUCAGCUAUGGCAGUGAACAAGAUCAAGGAGAUUGCUGUUACGACGAAAGAAGGAAACCAGAGGGAAACUUUGAGGAGGUUGGCGGCUACCGCUAUGAGUAGCAAGUUGAUACACCGGAAUGCCGAUUUCUUUACCAAGAUGGUUGUGGAUGCCGUACUUUCGCUGGAUCAAGAAGAUCUGAAUGACAAACUUAUUGGCAUUAAGAAGAUCACGGGAGGAGCCUUGCAAGACUCGCUUUUUGUCAAUGGAGUGGCCUUUAAGAAGACCUUUUCAUAUGCUGGAUUCGAACAACAACCCAAGAGCUUUAAGGACCCGAAGAUUGUGUGCCUGAAUGUUGAGCUUGAGUUGAAGAGCGAAAAAGAUAAUGCAGAGGUCAGAGUGGAUCAGGUGUCUGAGUAUCAAGCGAUUGUGGACGCAGAAUGGCAGAUUAUCUACAAUAAGAUGGAAGAGGUGUACAAGACGGGGGCGAAGGUCGUGCUGAGUAAAUUGCCUAUAGGUGACUUGGCUACACAAUACUUCGCAGACCGUGACGUCUUCUGUGCCGGGCGAGUCUCGUCAGACGAUUUAGAAAGAGUAGUGCAAGCAACAGGCGGCAGCAUCUCAUCCACUUGCUCAGACAUCCAACCCCAACAUCUAGGUACAUGCGCGCGGUUUGACGAGCGGCAAAUAGGUGGCGAGCGGUUCAAUUUUUUCGAAGGUUGCCCGGCAGCAAAGACAUGUACGCUGGUCCUCAGAGGAGGGGCAGAACAAUUCAUCGCAGAGGUGGAGCGAAGUCUGCAUGAUGCAAUCAUGAUCGUCAAGCGAGCGAUUGUGAAUAGGAAUAUCGUCGCUGGAGGAGGUGCUUGCGAGAUGGAAGUAUCCGCCCAUCUCCACAAGCACGCUGACCUCUCCGUCCCACGCAAACAACAAGCAAUCAUCAAAUCCUUCGCCAAAGCCCUCGAAAUCAUUCCCCGCCAGCUCUGCGACAAUGCCGGCUUCGACGCCACAAACAUACUAACUCAGCUGCGCGUCGAGCAUCGCAAGGGCAAUGUAUGGGCGGGCGUAGACUUUGACAACGAGGGCGUGAGGGACAAUAUGGCAGCGUUCGUGUGGGAGCCGAGUCUGGUCAAGGUGAAUGCGGUCAUGGCGGCGGUGGAGGCGAGUUGUCUGAUCUUGAGUGUGGAUGAGACUAUCAAAAACGAACAAUCAGAGCAACCGCAAGCCCCGCAACGAGGCUUACCUCCUGGAGCGGCGCAACGAGCACUCAGGGGUAGGGGAAGAGGCAUGCCGAGGAGAUAG